UAGAAGAAGGUUCUGUGGCUUUUCACUCUGCCAGCAGGCAGCCAAAAUGUUGGCCAUCCUGUCUGUGUUGUUUUUAUUCUUGUGUAACUCCGUUUGUGGCGUUUUUCAGAAACUUUACUGCACCAUUUCAGAGAGCUGCGACUGCGACUUCAAACCAAACAUCAGAGAUCUGGAAUGGGAUCUCUAUAAGAAUCUUUACGGUCAGCAUCUGGUUGCAGACAUCGUGUCAGAGGAGGUGGCGAAGUUCCUUCAGAAUAAAAGCCCAGAUCGGCCGCUGGUGCUGUCCUUCCAUGGCUCCUCAGGGACGGGAAAGACGCUUGUCAGCUCCAUGCUGGGAAAUCAUCUGUACGGCUCGGCCAUGGGCAGCCCGUACGUCCACCAGUUUGUCCCCACGCUGCACUUCCCUUUACCUGAGCGGGUCAACGAGUACAGGGAGGAGCUGAAGAGCUGGGUGCAGGGGAACCUGACGGAGUGCGCUCGCUCCGUCUUCAUUUUUGACGAGAUGGAGAAGAUGCCUCCGGGUGUCGUUGACAUCUUGGAGCCUUUUCUGGGUCCCUCUCAUGUUGUGUUUCGCACCAACUAUCGUAAGGCCAUCUACGUCUUUAUCAGCACUGCAGGAGAGGAGGUGAUUAACAGAGUAACUCUAGAGAACCGUCAGGCAGGACGAGACAGAGAGGAGAUCAGAUCAGCUGACCUGCAGGACGCCAUCGCACAGUCGGUUUACAACAACAACACAAGCGGUUUCUUCCACUCCAGUGUCAUCGAGAAGAAGCUGAUCACACGCUUUGUUCCCUUCCUCCCGCUGACCCGGCGACACGUGGAGCGCUGCGCCCGCUCCCAGCUCUGCCAGCGUGGCAUCUGUGACCGCAGUGAGGUGGUGGAGGCUGUAGGAGGCGACAUCGUCUACAGCCCUGUCCAGGGUCAGUACUUCUCCUCCACAGGCUGUAAGGCCAUCCCCGCCAAAAUAAACCUCUUCCUGUGAGCUGAGGAAGGAAAGAUUUUAUUUUUUAAGGACUGAAAGGGAAGAAGUUUUCCUGAGGUGCAAAGAAACAGAUCUCGGAGUGUGGAUCAGUUUCUCACAUGCAGAGGUCAGAGCCGACUCCAGGGCAGGCUGGUCUUCCUGGAUGUGGAGUCGAGGACUCACAAUACUCAGAAUUCAGGCAGUUAUGAGACGAGUUUCCCUGAAGGCAUGGCAGUCGUCGAAGUAAAAGUCCAGGAGAGUUUAGUCCCUGAACUUUAUCGAGAGCUCUACCUCAAACUAGUCCUACCUUUUACCUUUGAACUAUGGAGGUGGUACAUGAUGGUUUCUUACUUCAGCAGCAGUUACUCUACAUCCAUGAAGGUGAAAACCUCAUCAGAGUUUAAAGGGAAACCAGCAUAUUUCCUUACUGAAUUAACAUCAGUGCGUUUUAUGUGUCUGCCAGACUGCCUCUCCAAAGGAAUGGUUGAGGAAUCACUGAUGUCAGAUUGAUUUGUUCUUCCUCUUAUGUCACUUUUAAUUUUAGCCCCAGUGCAGUUUUAGAGAAGAGCUCAACAGUGUGGUUCUAGAAGUAAAACUCCUAUUCAUUUUCUCCAUAGAGGGUUUUAUUAUUAGUCUGAAAUAUCCCAGGUAGAGCUACGUGAGUGUGAAACGAUGGCGUCUGCUCCUGUAGACUUCAAAUAUGUGUAUGAGGUGAACCGCAUUUUAAGAAAAAUGUGGUUUAUUCAUAGUUCCAGACAAAUUAACUACUGUACCCACAAUCCUGGAGAGUCACAGAGACAUCUCUGAUUGGUUGAGCCGAAUGCUGAUAGAUUACCUUUAUUGUCCAGGAAGUGACAGAAACAAUGUUCCUUUUGUCGACCAUCUUUUCCCAUGGGAAAUACAAGAUUGGCUAAUAAUAGACCUCUAAUGACUAAAAGUCUAACGGAAAAAAGACUAAAAUGUCAUCAAGUUAUCGUGCAUUCGUCAUUUCCGGGAUCCCAUGUUUGGCAGAGUGCAGAGAACACACGUGUAAUUCCACAGCAGAAUUAUGUGAAAGCUUGCAAGUGCAUGCUUGAAUGAAAGUACCUUUGUGCCAGUUAUUUUCAUGAAAUUAACAACACAUCUGGCGUGCAAGGAUCUUAAGACUAAAAUUAAAAAUAUCUCCUGAAAUUAACACUGAGCUUUAGUAUGUAAACACCAUCCAGGGCUAGAUGCAGGCUGUUACUCAGGGCUUUUACCUCAGGGAAAAGUUAGUCAAAGAAACAUCGAGUUGGUCAGGAGUGAAUAAAUGUUUCACUCCCAAUCAGUGGUAUCAUCACUAACCUUUACAAAACAGCAGUAAAGUUUCAUGUUGUCCACUUUCAGUUUUCUACAGGAAGUAAGACAGCGAACUCUCUUCCUCCUGUUUGAAGUAUACAAACAUUGUAAGUAGAUAAACAGAAACACUAACCCGGUGGUCCUCAACUGGUCUGGCAUCAGGACCCGCCACCAUAUCCUUAAAGGCAAAUUGCAAUCCAAAGUCCCCAUGUUUUGCAGUCAUAUCUAAAUGCUUUUAAUGGAGAAAUGAUGCAGUAUUGAUUAGAAAUGGAACAAAAGAUGCAGUGAAACAAAGAGGUUGACACAUGUCCUUCAAAAUAAAAGCACAUCACAGGUUUUUUUUUGCACAUAUUUUUCCAGGCACACUUUCACGGCCCACUUUUGGGUCCUGACCCACCAGUUGAGAAUCAAUGAACCUACCACCAGGAACAUGGAGACUUCAGCACUGUAACAAAGGAGUUAACUGCUGUCAUUCACUGAUCAAUAGAACUGAAUCAGACAUGUUAGAAUCGUUAUUUCACUUAAAAUGGGUAAAAAUUACUAAUGACAGGGUUUUCUCAGGCCUUAUUUAAGAUCAGAUUUACUUUUAAAAUUUGAUUAUUUAAAAAUAGAAAUGUGAUUUUUUUUUAGAUACAGUUUCAGAAAUUAUUGCAAAAUAAUAAUGAAAAUGAGUUUAUCUCUAUUUCUAAAAGCUGGUAUUGUUGCAUCCUCAGUUUCAAGUGUUCUUGUUAACUUGGUCCCCAGGUUAAAAAUGAUGAUGCAAGGAUUUUGAAAAAACAUAAAUAUUGGAUUUGAAUGGCAAAAUUUCCUUCUUGAACCACAGCCAUCAAAAGAGAGGGGGCAGUGUUGAGCUCUGCUAGGAAGACAUUACUGUAAAGUUAAUUUAGCUGAGUACAGUCAGACAGAUGUGAGAACAACCACAAAUCUACAUGUGUAUUUGUUUUUUAGGUUGGUCUUAAAAUGUGGUUAUCUAAUGGAUUUUAUUUCUUAACUUACAAAAGACACUAAUGUUAAAUCAGUAAGGACAGUAUGUCUUUAUGUAUUCGGGAUUCCCUUUAAGAUUUAUUUAUCAUUUCAACAUGCCGUCUUACCAAAAUCCCAUGUAAGCUCAACGGAAGGUUUGAUAAUCGAUCAGAUGACUCUGGAAGAAGAGGGUACGUUUUUAUUGGACUUGGGUGAAUGUCUGAUUAAAGAUACAUCAGUUUGAUUUUUAAGUCUUAAUAUUGUAAUGUGAGGCAGCAGCCUCAGAGGAAGAUGAAUAAUCUCCUGAUGCUGCUUUUUAUGAGCUCAGAAAAGCAGAAUUUUUAACAGGGUUGUGUUUUUUUGGGGCCUAAAUGCCGGUUUUUAUCCCCAUGUCUGCUUAUAACAGAAAAGAUGGCACAGUUUUCACUGAUGCUCAAACUUCAUCAUCAUCUUGUCUGCAGAGUGCCAUGUUUAUUUAAGAGGAAGCCGAAGUUUUCUUGAAUGUAUUUCUUCUUUGCUGCCGUGCAACUGAAGAUGAAACCAGGCGUUCAUCCUCAGCUCUGCCACCAGGGGGCAGUAAAGGCUUAAUUUUGCCACAAACAGAUGAUGCAAGUAAGAGUUCACCUGCAGCUCGGUGCUUUUUAACCCCUUACAUGACUGAAUCCUGUAAAGACCAAUGUUGUAUUUUGCUUUUUUAAGUAUAAUUGUACUGUAAAAGUAUUUCCUGUGUGUUUAACACAGUCUAAGUGCACUUUACUGGAGCAUUAAUGGACCUGAUGUGUUAUCAGGAAAAAUGGAGAAGUUAUGAAGGCAGUGUGAUGAAGUCAGGUUUUACUUUGCCAAAAUUCAUAUUUGCAUUCAGAAUAAUGCUGAAGCUUACAGCUGAUCAGUGAUUUUGAAACAGGAUUUGUUCUUUACAGAUAUGAAGAUCUGCAGCAGUCAGACUGUUAUAAGACUGAGGAAAUCAUUGCAUUUCAAUGUGACACAUGAACACAGUUAGGAUGGCUGCACACAAGACUGACUUUGCACUGAUUUGGGGUUUGUUGCAACAGAUUAUUUGUCCACAUAAGUCAAGGAUGCACAAUAGCAUUGGCAUGAUGUCAGGAUCUGCAGAUAUUAACUGAAAUAAUGAAAUAUCUUAUGGCAGAUAUGAAAAUUUCAUGGUAUGUAAACGUCACUGAAGCUGAGUUCUGACUAGGUUUCUCUGGUUUUACUGAUUUAAAUUGAGGAGCAGGACUAAAACUUUAAAUUAACAUCUGUUUUUCUGGUGAAGUAAAGAUGCAUCAUCAUGAGGAGUGGGGGAAAAAUGGCCCAGUGCUGCUGCUGGACAUAGCAGCCAAUAGUAGCUGCUACUGUCGUCAGCUUUUGCCCUCCAGGCUAAUGUGUGGUCACUGACAUACAGCUGACCUCAUGAAUCAUCCUCCAUGUUUGUUUUUCUUCAGAAGUCCUGUUUCAUCAAGUGUGGGUUGUGAAGUCGUUACUACAAACAGCGUGUGUGUGAUCUCAUGGUCCGGAUGAAUCAUCUAGUGCAGUGGUUCUCAAACUUUUCCCUGAGGCACAUCAAAAACUAAGCUAAAGUCUCAAGGCACACCAUAUUCAUGUCCUUGCAAAAUAGUCUCUGUUACAUGUGUCGCAACGUCCCAACUGCAUGCAACGUGAGCGAGCGCCAACUCCAAAAUCAGUUUGAUUACAGCGUUUUCUUUCUUAGUAUCCUGGCAGCCUGUGAGCCACAGAGUGCAAUGCUGCUCAGUAAUCCGAGGUUUAUCUCCAGUCACUCUGUUCCUAUUUUCUUCUCUGUCGCUCACACUGAGAUGGACAGAUAACAAGGAAAGAGGCAGCACAGAGGAUGACAAGUCACCAGGAGUGUCCUACCAAGAGAUAUUCUUCAUUUUCACCCACUUGUCUCACUCCUGAAACUCGUCGUGGAGAUUGUGAUGCAUGGAUAUUCUCCAUAUCCAUUUAUGAAAUUUUAGGGUCUGAUACUAACAUGGAGACAAAACUAUGUGGCUCACAGCCAUAUAAAGGCUACUCAAUACAAGGCACCACACCUUUACUUCUCCACUUUUUAAGUAAAAGCAUGAGAUGUCAUAUCUUUACAUGUGGAAAACAGUCAUUUUACAGGGCAGAGAACUGCAGAUUUAACAGAUAGACAGUGAGCAUGCAAUGCUGCAUGAUGCAAUACAAUGUCUGACCCUCUCAUGCAGUAAGGACAUGGGUUAUAGUAUCUUUAGUUGUUGCAUAGUUGUAGUAAUAGUAAGACAAAUUCCCAAGGCUCACCAUUUGAGAACCACUGGUCUAGUGUGUGCAUUUGGAGAAUUGUAACAUUGAAAAUCAGCAGCACAUGCACUCAUACGUAGAGGCUACAGUCCCCAAAGCACUGGUCCCACCUUUAAAUCCUGAUCCUGGUGCUGCUGGUGCAUGUCAUCCCCGGCUCUCUCUCCUCAUAUUUCCUGUCUUUCUUCAGCUGUCCCAUCAAAUGUCAGCAUAUAGCCAAAAAUGUUUAAGAAAAUGAGUUAAACAGUGCUUAAUUUUGUGUGUUGUGUAUAGCCAGUCUAACCAUGAUUUAUGAUGCAAACUUCCAAAAAAGUCCAUUUAAAUACUGCUCUUUUUUCACAUAUAUAGAUAGAUACCGCUGCCUUCAUCGGCUCAGCAGCCUGAGUAUUACUGCUGUUAAUCAGACUUCUUAGCCUGCCAUGGUUUGUUACGUAAUCUCCCUUUAAAGGCUUAAAAUUUUACUAAGUGGCCAUCGUGUUGGGGCGUCUUCUGUGAGUCAUGUGACAAACUCCAGUGUUCAUUUUCAGCCAAUAAAAACACCUGGAUGUUGGUGACUGAAGCUUGUUCUAAAGCCAAACGCAGCUUCUGGUACUACAGUGUAAUGAAAAAUAAACUUUAA